GAGACCCUGUCUCAAAAACAACAAAAACCCAAAACAAAAACCCAAAACAAAAACAAUAAAUGACUAGACCUGAGGCCUGGCCUUUAGUUGCUGCCCUGCCCUUGUGAUCUGGUCACUCAGGAUCCCCUGGGCCUAAACACACAGCCUAUUGUCCACUUCAAGAAGGCUCCCCACUGCCUGGCUGGCAAUUGGGGUGGGCCUUGCAGCCCCCACCUGUCCUAGCCCCAUGGCGCUGGUGCUGCAGGCCCCCGCCUGCUUGUUCCAAGCUCCUCAGCCUCCUGCAGGGUUGCCUGCACCUGAUGGCGACGAAUCAGGAAGGCAGGCGUGUCCUGGGCCAUAGAGCAGUCAUGGCUGUCCAGCCACCAGGGGGCUCCAUUUGCAACCUUGGAUGUGGCUUUGGCCUCUUACUCCAAGGUGUCCUUGGGGCCCCCAGACAAGAGACAGGGAGACUGGAGCCCAACCCACCCCCCCAACACACUUGGCCCAUCCCUGCCCUAUCCUGGAAAAUGGGGGCCACUGCACGUGCAAGGGACAUAGGACAGGAACCUUUGGCCUUGUUAUCAGAUAUUUUAAAACCAAGUACAAACAUUAUCAGGUGCAGUUUUCACAGCAGCAAGAAACCUGUGCUUGCAGAAAUAAACACAUGCCAGCAAACCACCUGUGCGGAAAGCCACACACAGCCAUUGUUUUUGCACCCUCAGGUGACAUUUGUCCCAGGGAAGGUCACAGCUGCCUGAACCUUUAAAACUCCCAGACACGCACUGCCUGUGCAGGAUCUGGAACCCAGCAGCACUGCCAGGGCCUUGAAGUGCUUCUUCAGAGACCUCUCUUCAUAAACUACUUUUUUUCUUAAAGCAGCAAAAGGAGAAAACUGACAUCAAAGGAUAUUCCAGAUUCUUGAUAGCAUUCUCAUCAUCUCUGAGGACAUCACCAUCCUCUCAGGAUGAGGGGCAUGAGGCUGCUGGGAGCACUGCUGGCACUACUGCAGGGGGCCGUGUCCCUGAAGAUCGCAGCCUUCAACAUCCAGACAUUUGGGGAGACCAAGAUGUCCAAUGCCACCCUCGUCAGCUACAUUGUGCAGAUCCUGAGCCGCUACGACAUCGCCCUGGUCCAGGAGGUCAGAGACAGCCACCUGACUGCCGUGGGGAAGCUGCUGGACAACCUCAAUCAGGAUGCACCAGACACCUAUCACUAUGUGGUCAGUGAGCCACUGGGACGGAACAGCUAUAAGGAGCGCUACCUGUUCGUGUACAGGCCUGACCAGGUGUCUGUGGUGGACAGCUACUACUACGAUGACGGCUGCGAGCCCUGUGGGAACGACACCUUCAGCCGAGAGCCAGCCAUCGUCAGGUUCUCCUGCCCAUUCACAGGGAGUGGCCGCUGCACAGAGGUCAGGGAGUUUGCCAUCGUUCCCCUGCAUGCUGCCCCGGAGGACGCAGUAGCUGAGAUCGAUGCUCUCUAUGACGUCUACCUGGAUGUCCAAAAGAAAUGGGGCUUGGAGGACGUCAUGUUGAUGGGCGACUUCAAUGCGGGCUGCAGCUAUGUGAGACCCUCCCAGUGGUCAUCCAUCCGCCUGCGGACGAGCCCAACCUUCCAGUGGCUGAUCCCUGACAGCGCUGACACCACAGCUACAUCCACGCACUGUGCCUACGACAGGAUCGUGGUUGCAGGGACGCUGCUCCAAGACGCUGUUGUUCCCGACUCGGCUCUUCCCUUUAACUUCCAGGCUGCCUAUGGCCUGAGUGACGCACUGGCCCAAGCCAUCAGUGACCACUAUCCAGUGGAGGUGAUGCUGAAGUGAGCAGCCCUCCCCACGCCAGCUGAACUGAGGACCCAUCCUGCUGCAGAAGCCAGACAAAUAGCCCAACACUCAGGUUAAGAAAUACCUUUUAAUUUAGGUAAAUAAAGCUCAAGGAGGUGGGGCUG